AUGAGCGAAUAACCUGGUCUGUGCUGCUGUGAAAUUCCGAUUUCGACCAGUCCGUAAAACUAAAAAUUUAUUGUUCAUUGUAUUGAUGUAAAUUUGUAAAAAGUAACAAAAUGGUAUUAUAAAAUCUUUAAAUACUUCAUUCUUCUGCUGUAGGCGAUAUUGUGGUGAUAUAAUUUCGACAAUCAUAUGCACAGUUUUGUAUUUAGUGAUUUAAGUGAGAAAGUUCAGUGCGAGUGCAAGCAAGGGUGGUAACGAGAAAUGUGAAGUAGUAUCUAUGAAGUUCAAGAUUGGGCCGUUUAUUUUAUAUCUUUAAUAAUGAGCGGGCGCCCUAGGACCACGUCAUUCGCCGAGGGCAGCAAAUCCGUUCGAAAGACAUUUGAAAAUCAACCACCUAAACCACCUUUAGGAGGAGUAAAAAUUAGUAGCGAAGUGGAUACGCUUAAAAAGAACGAGCUGACAUCGGAUAAGAAAGGAUCAGGCUCACAUCGCAAGGACGGCUCAAAGGUGACGACUGUAGUAGCGACGCCGGGGCAAGGCCCCGACCGGCCCCAAGAAGUGAGCUAUGCGGACAUGAAACUGAUUGGCAAUGGAAGCUUCGGCGUUGUCUAUCAGGCCAAGCUUUGCGACACCGGUGAGCUGAUUGCCAUCAAGAAGGUGCUCCAGGAUAAAAGGUUUAAGAACCGAGAGCUUCAAAUAAUGCGAAGACUGGAGCAUUGUAAUAUCGUUAAAUUGAAAUACUUCUUUUACUCCAGCGGGGAAAAGGUUGCAGUACCUGAGGCAGUUAGCUCACUGCUAAACGCAAUGCAGUCCCUAGAUGUCACAAAGGAUGAAGUGUACCUGAACCUGGUGCUGGAGUACAUCCCCGAGACCGUAUACAAGGUCGCGCGUCACUACUCCAAAGAUGAACAGACCAUACCAAUUAGUUUUAUAAAGCUAUACAUGUACCAGUUGUUCAGAAGCCUUGCAUACAUCCACUCACUGGGCAUCUGCCACCGAGACAUCAAGCCCCAAAAUCUGCUGUUGGACCCAAAAACUGGAGUCCUCAAAUUGUGCGACUUUGGGUCAGCAAAGCACUUGGUGAGGAGUGAGCCGAACGUGUCCUACAUCUGCUCGAGAUAUUACCGUGCGCCCGAACUUAUCUUUGGAGCGACUGAUUACACUACUAAAAUUGACGUAUGGAGCGCGGGUUGCGUGGUAGCCGAGUUGUUGCUAGGUCAACCCAUAUUCCCUGGAGAUUCGGGAGUUGAUCAGCUCGUGGAGAUCAUUAAGGUCUUGGGAACACCAACGCGAGAGCAGAUUCGCGAAAUGAAUCCCAACUACACAGAAUUCAAAUUCCCACAGAUCAAGAGCCACCCAUGGGCAAAGGUAUUCCGUGCGUGCACCCCACCGGACGCAAUAUCGCUAGUUUCGCGUCUGUUAGAAUAUACGCCCGGCGCGCGUCUCUCUCCACUCCAGGCGUGCGCUCACAGUUUCUUUGACGAAUUGCGUGAAGCGAGCGCAAGACUUCCCAACGGACGUCCUUUACCGCCAUUAUUCAACUUUACGGAUUACGAGUUGUCUAUUCAGCCCUCGUUAAAUGACUUCUUGAAGCCACGCGUGGCCGCUACACCGCAUGAAGCCGCGGCCACUACGCAUGAACAUGACGCCCAUGGUGAAAAUGCUGCAGCUAGUGGCACCAGCGGUGGCUCCCCUAGUGCAUCGUAGACACACAAUUGACGAGCGUCGCCUACGUAAAUACAACCAAUAGCCGUUAAUUAUAAAUCGCUUUGAGGCUAUCUGCCCCGGCCCAAAAUUUUUAUAUACUAGCCAUUUUUACACCCUUUGCUAUAACAUUGAAUUAGCAUGUUUUCCUAAAAUUUUGAUAUAAUCAAUAUAGCAUCGUCCAAAUUUAUGUGUAACAAUUAUUCAUAUGAUUCUGAAUUAUACAAAUAGCUAUGAUUCUUAAUUCAUUCUCUAAAUUGAUUCAAUUUUAUUUUUUAUACAAAUCCGUAAAUUACAGAUAACUCCUAUUACUCCAUGAUAGUGACAGCAGAUUAUAAAUUUUAAUCAGUCAUUGGAUAUAUAUAAGACAUCAAGGAGCAAUGUAAUCGUGUCAAACGUAUUUAUAUUUGUUCGAGUUUAGUAAAUUUCUUCUCUGUGAUUAAAUUUUUGAUCAAUAACACGAAGAAAUACGGGCUACUGUGCGUCUACUUUUAUUACCUAAUUUAGUUAAGAUUUGAAAAUUGACACUCGGUAAAGGUAGCACCUUGACCGACAGUGUUGCCAAUUGACAAAUUUUUAAAUUUAAAUUAAUUUAGGUAAUACAUGUAAUUACACAGCUUAUCACAAUAUUACUGACCAUUUUUUUGACGAAGUAUAAAAAUGGGCAAAUCUGUGUCAGAGUAGCCUCAAUUUGAUUUGUAGUUGCUUUGCUAGAGGUAUUGUCGCUUAUUGUAUUUUGCGGACAGAGGUCGAUAAUUUGUACUAAAGCGAGCGUAUAAUGCACAGACGGACACAAGUGAAUAUUUUGUUUCAGCUGUUAAAUUUAAUAGAUACUAAAUGUUUAUGAAAUAUAAUUUCUUUGCUUAAACGUAAAUUACAAAGCUGUCUGUGUGUUUCCUCGCUCGGAAUUUAGAUCGAGAAUCGUUUGUACGCUAAUUAGUGAUAGUUAUUUUUUGUGUUGGCCAUCGGAAAAUUUUAAUGCAUAAUAGGUGUGACAUAGAGUAUUUCGAUGAAGCUUGGCAUAGUCGGUAAAGGCCUAUUGUAUUAUGCAAUUUUUUGUUUCCUCUUGUACAGAUUAUUGAGCUAUUCCUGUGUGGGAUUGUCUCUUUCUAACGCAAAUAACAGGAAAGAGACCGAUGUUCAGUACGUCUAUACGCAUGAGACGAUGAAUUGCUAAUAUAAUGGGCCUAUUAGGAGGAUAAAUUUGUAGUAACCCGGUAUAUUACUUUGUACUUUUGUAAGCUCAAAACUACAUUGUGUACAUACCUCUAUACUCGAUUCCGAAUGUUGGUUAACGACAGAUUGUCAUCUGGAUUUAUUUUGUAUAUUCUAAAAUUAUGCGGUAGAUUAAGAGCUUUUAGCUACGUAUAGAAUUUCAAUACUGUAUCCAAGUACGCUUUCAACUUAGAGAUCACGGAACAAAAAAUUAGUGGUCUAAGGGUUCCAAUAGAAGACUUGAAAUUCAGUUUUAUUAUUAUUUUAUCAGUAUAUUAAAAUAUGUAAGACACGUAUUCCAAAAUAUAAAUUAAACAUAAAUUUACAUAAAAGUUAUCUAAAUACGUUUGUAAGCUAACUGGCUAAUGAUGCUGAAAUGUUGAAAAAAUCAUAAAAAUUGCCAGUUUGGAACCAAAUUUUCGAUUGAUUUACAUCUUUGAAUACGGGUUCUUAAGCUUUUGAUGUACAAGUAAGCGGUGUUGAUAAUUCUAUGCGAUUUUGUAAGUCCGUUUUGGAUUUACCUAAAAACUACGAAGGUAGGUAAUCCCGCUUCAGCUGUAGCCCGUAGAGUAAUUGCAUAAACUGUCGAACGUACAGACACGUAGUUACAUGCAUUUGACUGUCAGUAUCUCGCUCACGUACUGUCAACCGUCAAAAGUACAGACAAAAAUAGCUCACGUACUGUCAACUGUCAAAAGUACAGAGAAUGGCUCGCGUACUGUCAAUUGUCAAAACGUCGCACGUAAUUACGUGCCUAACUGAAGAACGAGAUUUGCAUACACGUACUUGCUUAUCAACUUAGCAGACAAUUAUUUCAUCGCAUACAAUGGCAUUGUAAAUUUUUAUGACUAGCGUCUACUGAUCUCUCAAAUAAUUUUAAUAAUUAUAAUGUCUCAGAAUAUUAUCUAUUGUAUAAACGAUUCAAAGAUUCAAUAGAUAUUUGUUUAACGUAGCGACUUCUAUUUCUUUCGCAGAUUAUCUUCUGGAUAAAUGUAUAUUGCACUGUCUGUGUCCUAUUGUGACGUCAUAGUUUUUCGAUAUUGUAUUCUAUAAAAUAAUCGAUACAUAUUUCUGCUGUGUAAAGUUUAUCAUUGGAAACACUAUAUAAGUAGUCAUUUAUGAGGUAAUUAAAUUCAUCGUCAUAGUGUUAAGUAAGGGCGAUUUCGUUUUGCGCUUCGGAGUUGGCGUGUUACAAAUUAGGGGAGGUUUAAGCCUUUUAAUAUAAAGUAACGAACUCUUUUAUUCAUGGUUUAGAUGUAGCUUUAAUUCAAAUAACCUUGGGUGUGAUUUUUCACCGUUAUUUUUCAUUAGUUAAUAGUAUUUGUACAAAUUCGGCGGAAAGUAGCGAAUUUGUAAGCGGGUCUAGUACGAACCUGGGAAGUCACGAGCAUGCAUUGUUGACGAUUUAUUUUGUAUCUAUAUCUACAGACCUGCGUACUAUAAUAAACAUCAGUUGAUUUCUGUCAAACCGAUACGGCCUCGGCCAAGUAUAUAAUACACCUGUAUUACUAUUAUGUAUGUACGUACGUAUAAAUUUUUAGUACAUUAGGAAUGUAACGCGCUCGGCGCAGAUUUCAAAUCACACAUAGUGGAGCUUAGUUUUCGUCCCUAAGGCUAUUGAUUUGCUGACACACCUUUAUAAUUCGUGUAAAUAUAUUAUUAUAAUUAUUAUCUUUAUGGUAUGACUCUUGAGUAAAGUUAAUCGGUAGAAGGAUUCGCCCGCUCUUACAAUUAGCGCAGACUCGAGCGUAUGCAUGUAAGAGACGUGUUUGUUAAGGGCAGCGAUAGGUUAGAUACACACUGUAUUUUAUUAAGUCUACCUAUUAUGAAUUUUGUAAUCGACGUUGCUUCUAAAGACCCUCUGUGUAAAAAGUUAAGACACACUAGUGACCUGAUUUUUGAAGCGAUGUUUCUGGAAAAUUUGAACCCGUUUAAAUUGUCACUUUCACGAUUUACGUGCACUUUUACUACUCGAGAAUUUUCAGAAAUACAUACUUCGAAAUGGGGUUGACUUAUAUAAAUUAUUUAAAGUAAAAGAGUUUUUCUUAUUACUAGUACUGUAAUAUUAAAUUUAAUAGUGAGUGAAAUUUGUAUUUUGUUUUAAUUUGAUUUACUGAAUUUGAAUACAUCGUAACACCCAUAUCGUUGUUAGUUAUGAAUGAAAUAACAUAAUUAUAAAAGUAAAUAUUAAAUGAAUAGUAA